GUCGAGGAUACAUACAGCAGUACAGUAGCGUCGCGGUUGUCGAUGACUGCUUCCCCCAUGUCGGGAGCCAACUCGUCGAUCCUGACACAUCGCUACAUGUAUGGCUUAAAGGGCACUGUGAAGAACAACAUUGCGUUCUGCGAAGAGAACGUCGUGGUGUACCCGUGUGGCCACUGCAUGGUCAUCCACAGCAUCGAAACCAAGGAGCAGCAGUUCUUGCACGGCAUGGAAAGCGGCACGUCGGGCGGAUUUACGGCUAUGGCCGUGUCUGCGAAUCGAAAGUACUUGGCGAUGGCCGAAAAGGGCGAUGCGGGUGUGGUCAACAUGUACGACUUGACAACAUUUCGACGAAAGAAACCGCUCGUGUACUCGGACUUGGGCUCGGAAUCCUAUGUGAGUCUGGCGUUCUCGGGUGAUGGCAAGUACUUGGUCGGCCAAGGCGGCGCCCCCGAGUGGAACCUCAUGCUGUGGUCGUGGGAAAAGGCCAAAGUUGUGACGACGUUCAAGGCAGCGGCGCAGUAUGGCAGCUCCAUCGGCCAAGUGGACUUCUGCCCCACGGAUUCAAAUUCGCUGUGUGUGAGCGGCAACGGCACUAUCAAGUUCUUCAAAGUUACCGAUGGGCAACUUCGCCAGCAAGUCAACUCCCUCAAACGCGAACCUGGCAACUUUCUAUGCCACACGUGGCUCUCUGACGACCGCGUCAUCGCAGCCACCAUCACGGGCGAAUUAUGGCUGUUUGAAAGCAUGGAGUUUCGUACGGUGCUGUCGUCGUCCCCAACGGAUGGCCAGUAUUGCUCGUCUUUGCUGGCGUAUUCCAAAGGAUUUGUAUGCGGGGGAUCGGGCGGCGUUGUGCGCAUCUAUGAAAAAUCCGACGACUCUCGGGAACAUUUCAAGCGCACCAAGGUGUUUUCUAUCGACGGCAACCCACAGUGCAUUCAGCACUUGGCCAUUUCCCCAAGCGAAGACACGCUCAUCUGCUCAUUGGAAAACAACCAGUUGUAUAUGCUCACGCUGAGCUCCACGGAUAUCCUCAAGGAAGACGCGAUGAACUUUGAGCUGGUGUCCACUGCCUUUCACCGGCCGGGGCAAAACGGCGCGCACAUCACUGGCCUCGACACGUGUAUUCGCAAGCCUCUGAUUGUCACGUGUGGCGUGGACAAGUCGGUUCGAGUGUGGAACUACAGCGACAAGUCGACGGAUAUUUUGAAGUUCUUCAAGGAGGAGGCGCUGGCCGUGGCGCUGCAUCCCAGUGGGCUGCACGUCGUGGUGGCUUUUACGGACAAGCUGCGCAUGCUGAACAUCCUCAUGGACGACAUUCGACCGUACAGGGAGUUUGGGGUGAAAGCGUGCCGCGAAGUCCGCUUUAGCCAUGGGGGGCAGUACUUUGCCGUGGCCAACAACAACACGAUUCAGGUGUAUGGGACGUAUUCUGGGGAGCUUAUGGCUGUGCUCCGAGGACACACAAACCAAGUGAAUUCGCUCUUGUGGAAAGCUGAUGACCGUAAACUCAUGAGUUGCGGGUCCGACGGGUCGAUUUUUCAGUGGGAUUUACGCUCGGCCAUUAAAGUCGGCGAAGGGCACACCCAUCCUCGCUGCAAUUACCACGAUCUGUCGCUGUCAUCGGAUUCGUCCAUGCUGUUUGCCACUGGAACCGACGGCACUUUGAAAGAAAUCGACAUUGCUGCUGGCACGCCUCAGGUGGAGCACAAUUGUGGCGUGUUACUCGGCCCGUUGGCCAUCACGACAUCGCAACAGUUUUUGUUUGCCGGCACCGCCGAACCCCAUCGCCCGGGCUGCAUCCGCGCAUAUAAACUCCCUUUGGAACCCGAGAGCUCGUACUCGGAGUUCCAAUGCCAUGACAUGGCGGUGGCGCGACUGCGGCUGUCACAUGACAAUCAAUACUUGUUUUCGGUGGGCGACGACGGGUCGCUGUGCAUUUUUGAAACCAAGGAACUGUCGAGUUCGAAGCUCAAAGGUCGCAGCGAGCGCGAAAACGCCAUGGCGUUUGCCGAAGAGAUUCUCGUCACCAAGUCGGACUUGGAAGAGAAAAACCAAACCAUGCAAGAGCUAAAGGCGAAAGUGGACGAGUUGACCCUCCACAACGAGUAUCAGUUGCGGUUGAAAGACAUGAACUACAAGGAAAAGAUCCAAGAAGUCAGUGACAAGUUUACGUCCGAAUUAACGCAGGACAAGCAACGGUGCACAGAUUUACAAGAGGACAAACGGGAAAUGGAGGCCGAGUACGACGCCAAGUUGAGCGAACUGGAAGCAACGCAUACCCACGAACUGGAUGGCAUUCGCGACACCUACGAGGCCAAGAUCAAGGCUGAAGUCGAACGGUACGACGCACUGAUCCAAGAGCGCGAUGAGGAAACUGCGCGGUGGGACGAGGAAAAUCAGCUGCUCGUGGAGAGCCACACGCAAUUUCUGGCGGAAAUGACGUCGGAAUAUGACCGAAAGGUCGAAGGCGAGCAGACCAAGCAGACGCAACUGGGCGGUGAAAAGGAUGAAAUUGUGACAGAGUUCGAAGACAACAAGACCCAAAUUGAAGAGGAUGCGGAUUUGGAAAUUGAAGAAGUCAAAGCCAAGUACGACGCCAAGUUUCUCGACGAGCGCGAGGCAACGCUACGGCUCAAAGGCGAAAACGGAAUCAUGAAGAAAAAGUUUACGGCGUUGCAAAAGGACAUUGAGGACCAAAAAGAGGAGAUUCGCAGUUUGCAGGAAAAGGGCAAGGAACUGUACGAGAACAUCAAGGGUUUGGAAAAGGAUAUCCAGGGCCACAAGAAGGAAAUCCGAGAGCGCGAAGAGACGAUCCAGGACAAGGAGAAGCGCAUUUACGACCUGAAAAAGAAGAACCAGGAGCUGGAAAAGUUCAAGUUUGUCCUCGAUUACAAGAUCAAGGAACUCAAGCGGCAGAUUGAACCCCGCGAAAACGAGAUCGCCGACAUGAAGCUCCAAAUCGAAGAAAUGGACCAAGAGCUGGAGCACUACCACAAGUCCAACGCCGCGCUGGACUUGAUGAUUGGCGAGUUGACGUUGAAAAUGGAUGGCAUGCAAAAGGACAUCAACCAUCAAUCGCUCGAGAUCAAAACGAUGCGCCAGUUCAUUCGACAGUUCCAAAGCGACUUGCACGACAGCGCCCAGCUGCUGGAAAAGAAAAAAGCGCUCAAGGCGUCUGUGAUUGCCUUGUACAAGAAGUACGAAACGGGCAAAAUUGUGACCGAAGUCGCGAGCGACGUCGACGCGCAGCAAGAGUACAAUCGCCAGCGAGAAUACUUGGAGAAGGAAGUGGAGAGCAUGAAGUGCAAACUGGUCAAGGGGUUGAAGAUCAACCACAGCGAAAUGAUGCGCCUCAAGCGUGAGAACGCCAUCCUCACCGUGCAGGUGAACGACCUGCGCCGCGAGUUCCACGCCGUCAAGUCGAGUCAAAGCGAAGUGAAUGACCUCAAGAACAAGCACCGCGACAAGCGAUCCAUGGACGAGCGCGAGAUGGAGCUUCGACGUGAGAGCGAACUGCAAAAGGCUCAAAUCCAACAGCUCAAGCACCAACAAGCGUCGAUGCUCAAGGCACUGGGCGGGUCAUCCGCUAGCGGUCCACCACCUCGACGAGCGCCAAGCGUCGCGACCGCCAAGCCCAAGUUGCUGCCUAUGAUGGGCUCUCAUAUUGAUGCAUAA